AUGAAAUCGGUCGCACUAUUUAUACCAUUUAUAUUGACGAGUGCAUUCGCCAUUGGAUUUCAAGAGAUCUAUUCGCGCAAUGUUGGCUCUUCUUGUCCUUUGUAUCGUGACGUCACCAUUGAUUACCGUACUGCUAUAUACGAGUUCGCUACCGAGACGUACAAGGAUGUUGCUACUCGUAGUUUGUACCAUUUUAUAUUUUCCCCUCUGUCCGUUUGGAUAAUGCUAGCAGCGGUGGCGGAGGGCGCGGACCCUUACACAAAGCAACAGCUGUUCCGGCUCCUGAGGCUCCCGAACGACCCCUGCGUUCGUCUAAAGUACUACCAAUUAGCUACAAGUCGAUACCUCCCCGGGGACGAUGUCAGUAUUGUGUCGACGCGUUCCUUGGUCGUGGAUCAAAGCGUCGUUGUAAACCCACACUGGCACGACUUCGUCUCGAAGAACAAUCUCAUCGAUGUAGUGUCAGUCCCAUUUCGCUACGAUCCCGAGGGAUCGCUUAACGCAAUUAGGUAUCUUUCCUCAGUGUCAAGUUUGUCGAAUCUUGACUUGAGUGGCAACUCGGUUUUUGUUGACGUGAUGGACUAUAAUGGAUUGUGGUCGACAGCGUUUUCUGACGCAAUUAUACAGCGAUCGUCGUUCUAUGACUUUUUGGGACAAAAAAUUGGUUCUGUUGAUAUGAUGAAGGUGACGAGACCUGCGAAAAUGGCUUACCUUGCUAGUAUUAAUGCUAAAGUGUUGGAUCUCCCAGUUGGUGUAGACAAUAGGUAUCGCAUGCUGUUUGCUUUGAUCCUCGACAGCAAUGACUUAGCUGCCAAGAUUCAAAUGAUUAGAAGUACUGUCGUUAUAGAGUAUAUGAGUUAUUCCCGGGAGAGUUACAUACCUAUCGACAUCGCUAUCCCGAGGUUUAAGAUGACUUCUGAGAUAAAUGUCAGGCAGAUACUGGAGAACUUGGGAGUCAACAACCUCUGGACAGAUCCAACUGUGACCGGGUAA